UAACGCUCGAAAUUUUGUGACUGACGUAUGUUGCAUAUUUCAUAUUUGACGUAAUUCGUCUCUCGAAUCAGGCAAUAAGUCACUUGACCAGUAAUAAGAAUUACAUACAUAUCAACAGUUUGGGCACACUAUUCCUACUUGUCUAUGCUGGAUUGCGAUGGGUUGGAAACACGCAGGAUCGACAUAACAAGUUGGUGAACGGAGAUCCGCAGAAAAAAAUGGCUUUGAGCGAUCAUCCCCGCGCCUACGGCACCGCCGCAGUCGCACUGGCUUUCAUCACCGGCGUCCUAGUGACCCUCGGUUUCAAGGACUUAUAUCCAGACUUAGAACGUCGAUUCCAGCAACGGCGGCGAGCAAAACCACCGCGACGCGCAUCGGAUGCCCGCCGGCGAUCCAGCCUCUUCUGGGGUCCCGUCGAGCUAGAAGACCGUGAAGAGCGCGAUGGUGUCGCCGUGCCCGGAGCGUUUGUUCCGCGGGACGAGGGCAUCAGCGAAGGUAUCGAAGGGUGCAUCGGUCGCACACCACUUAUCCGAAUCCACAGCCUAUCAGAAGCCACAGGUCGCACAAUUCUAGCCAAAGCUGAGUUCCUCAACGGCGCCGGCAACAGCCCUAAGGACCGUGUAGCCCUUAACAUGAUCCAGGCCGCCGAAGAGGCCGGCAUUUUAGUCCCGAAUCGUGGAGACACCAUUUACGAAGGAACUGUUGGCAGUACAGGGAUCUCGAUCGCGGCUCUAGCCCGCGCAAAGGGGUACCGCGCGCACAUCUGCAUGCCAGAUGACCAGAGCAUGGAGAAAUCGGACUUAUUACACCAUCUCGGCGCCACAGUGGAGCGUGUGCCUGUCCAACCCAUCACAUCUCCCCAACACUUCGUCAACCUCGCGCGACGCCGCGCAAAAGAGCACACGGAAUCCAGUGCUGAUUCUAGCGUCGGGUUCUUCGCGGAUCAAUUCGAGUCGCCCUUCAAUUUCCAGGCACAUAUGCGCACCACGGGCCCGGAGAUCUACGCCCAAACCUCUGGGAAAAUCGAUGCAUUUGUGGCAGGCGCCGGGACCGGGGGCACUAUGUCAGGAGUCGCCAAGUACCUAAAAGAAGUAGCGAAACUCAACAAGCUCAAGGUGGUGCUCGCGGAUCCGCAGGGGAGCGGAUUAUAUAACAAGAUCCGACACGGCGUUAUGUACUCAUCGACCGAGAAAGAAGGGACGCGGCGGCGGCAACAGGUCGACUCUAUUGUCGAAGGAGUGGGAAUUAAUCGAGUAACGGAGAACCUAGAAGAAGGGCGCGACCUGAUCGAUACGGCGGUACGAGUGACGGAUGCCCAAGCAUGCAAGAUGGCGCGAUGGUUGGUCGAGCACGACGGCAUAUUCUGCGGAAGUAGUAGUGCGGUGAAUUGCACUGCCGCCGUAGUCGCGGCCCUAAGCCUGCCCGAGGGGAGCACGGUUGUAACGAUCUUGUGUGACUCCGGAACGCGGCACCUGAGUAAAUUCUGGAAGAAAAUCGCGGAGUCGGGAUUAGAGGAUGAAGCUAAGCCGGACAACUUACUGACACUACUAGGUAUUGAAAAGCCGCGAUGAUACCCUCAAGCAUAUAGAUAAAACAAUAUAAAGAAUAAGGACAAUAAGAAACUACG